UGCUGUCAGUUGUUUAUUUACAUUUUUGCUAUAUACCGCGGCGGAGAGCGUGUUAUCAUUAAUAUUUCCUAAAAUAAAAAGAUUUAAAAGGAUUUUGGUGGAUAUUUUAAUCAUAUUUAUUGCACAUAAUGUAUUCCCUUCUGCAUAAGGAAGAAAAUGCCCAUGAAGUCAAUAUUUGGUCAUGUGCAUGGGGCAGGACAAAGACCCCAUCGAAUCGCAUGGAUGACGAUCCAGACAACAGCCGGGAUUCAAUGGCAAGCGACGGAGGAGAGCAAAUUAGUGAUUUUAUUGUGACCGGAGGAUUGGAUGAUAUUGUCAAAGUCUGGGAUCUCACAGACAAUCGCCUCCAGUUGCGUCACCAAAUGACUGGACACUCCCUCGGAGUGGUAUCUGUUGCCGUGAGUUCAGACGGAAAGACAAUCGUGAGCAGUUCUCUGGAUUCUAGCUUGUGCUUCUGGAAUUCAGAAACUGGACAACUUCUCAAUCAAGUGGCUCUGGGACCUGUUGAUCUCUGGACCCUUGAUUUCUCCCCAUGCGACAAGUACGUCAUCUCAGGCUCUCACGAUGGCAAAAUCUCUCUGUACAGUGUAGAAACGGGCAGAUCGGAACAAGUCCUGGAUCCCCAGAAUGGAAAAUUCACUCUCAGCAUAGCCUACAGUCCGGAUGGAAAGUACAUCGCCAGUGGAGCAAUUGAUGGGAUUAUUAACAUCUUCGAUGUGGCUGCAGGGAAAGUAGCUCAAACCCUGGAAGGACACGCAAUGUCUGUCCGGAGUCUGUGUUUCUCCCCGGACUCUCAGAUGCUUCUCACAGCUUCCGACGAUGGUCACAUGAAGCUCUACGAUGUGGCUCAUUCGGAUGUGGUUGGAACCCUUUCCGGUCAUGCGUCCUGGGUACUUUCAGUCUCCUUCUCCGGAGACGGAAGAUUCUUCACAUCCAGCUCCAGCGACAAAUCCGUCAAAAUCUGGGAAGUGUCCAACCGAAGCUGCCUGCACACGUUCCGGGAUCACGCUGAUCAAGUUUGGGGAGUCAAAUACAGUCCUGACAGUAACAGAGUCGUUUCUGUGUCUGAGGAUAGGAGCAUCAAUCUCUAUGAUUGCCCUAAGAACGUGGUGUAACAUUUUUGCGCCAAAUAAAUGAUGUGAAUAAUUUUUAGUUGCAUGAAA